UUAAAAAUGUCUGAAAAGGACAGCACUGAAAGCACUGGGGAGCCCAGCCACCCCCCAGAGGAAUUGAAUGCUAAACCUAAAAAUAAUAGUCCUGGAGAAGAGAAGAAAACAGUCUCCGAACCUGUGAGCAUAACCCGGAAACGUCCGGAGUACAAAUCCAGCAGCCUAUCCACUGAGGAGGAGGAGGAGGGUCAAACACCAGACAAGCCCGAACAGGAUUCUGCUGCCAAGUCGCCUUCAUCCUGGGGAUACUGGGGGAGCUGGGGAAAGUCUUUAAUAUCUACUGCUUCAGCCACUGUGGCAACUGUAGGUCAUGGGAUCACUACGGCUAUUGAGAAGGCAGAGAGCACUCUGGGAGUUCCCAGCCCUGUAGAACUGUCAUUUAAGGACAGAGCAGAGGCAGCAGAAGAUGCUAAUACCGGAGAGAGUGCCGAGUCCAAAGAGGGUGAGACCUCGUCACCGAUUUCAGGAGCUCUGGGCUUCCUCUCCAGUAUCUCCACUGCUGUGCAGAGUACAGGGAAGACUGUUAUUACAGGAGGCUUGGACGCUUUGGAGUUCAUUGGGAAAAAGACAAUGGACGUGAUCGCAGAAGGAGAUCCAGGAUUCAAAAAGACCAAAGGACUUAUGCACAGGAACACUACACUGUCACAUGUUUUAAGGGAAGCGAAAGAGAAAGAAGAGCAGCGCGUCAUCGGCGAAGUUACUACAGAGACAGAUCGACGAGCGCACUACGGCCUGUUAUUUGAUGAGUACCAGGGCCUGUCCCAUCUGGAGGCCUUAGAGUUGUUGUCCAAGGAAAGUGAGGGGAAGGUAAAGUCCAUCUUUGGUGCUCUGUCAGGAGAAGAGCUUGCAAAACUCAAACUGGAGUUGGAAUCCUUAAAGGAAGUUUUCUCAUUGGAAGAAUUUGAUGAUGAUGAGGAAGUGGAGAAGGCUGACCAGGACUUCAUUCAAGAGUUAUCAGUUUUGUUUCAAGACUUACAAAUCUCCAUGAGACCAGAGAAACUGACAAAUGCACGGAAAGCUGCAUACAGGUGGAUAAGUAAAGUGGAGGAAGGAGAGAAGAAGGUGACGGCAAAGGAGGAAAAUACUGACCUCCAGGAGGAGGCUGACCAGAAGUACACUGUGGAGGAUAUACAUGAAUCAGCAAUCCGGAGCCUGGCAGAGCUGACGGCUUGCUCUAUGGAAGUGUUCCACAAAACAGCCACAUUAAUCCUGCAUGGGGAUGCCAAUGUGGCAGCAGUAUCCCGGGGCAAGGCUCUCUCACAAAUGACCAUUUCAUUGUGCAAAGAGAUCUCUCAGCUUUCAAAGAAAAUUACCACCCUCCUGACAACAGCUGGGGCAUCUGAGAAGUCAGACAUCCUGAACCCAUUAAUUACAGGAGUGUUUCUAGAGGCCUCAAACAGCGCUUCCUAUAUUCAAGAUGCUUUCCAGCUACUGCUUCCAGUACUCGAAAUCUCCCAUAUCCAGAGCAGGACUUAAUUUUUACUACACAAUACAUCAUCUUUCUAGGGUAUGGUGUCAUGCUUUAACUCACCAGAGUGAAACCCU